CAUGUGACGUCACCCAUAUGUAUCGUAGCUCUCAGGCGGACCAUCAGAGGAACUUGAGACUAAACUCCAGGUCAGCGACCCCGGACGGCGGCAGCAGGCGAUCCCCAUCCCCACGGUCAGACCGACGGCCCCCCACGGUCAGACCGACGGCUGGUGGUUCUCCCGCGGACCUUUAAACCCACCGGCGGCUCAGUGACGCUCACAGUGCUUAGCUCGUUAGCUAGCUCCGACUAGUGCUUAACUAGCAGCUGGGACGUCGCUGACCAUGGAGAACCAGUACAACCUCAAGAGUCCAGCGGUGAAGCGGUUGAUGAAGGAGGCUGCAGAGCUCUGCGACCCCACGGAGCACUACCACGCCCAACCGCUGGAGGACAACCUGUUCGAGUGGCACUUCUCGGUGCGUGGCCCCCCCGACUCGGACUUCGACGGCGGGGUCUACCACGGCCGGAUCGUCCUGCCCCCGGAGUACCCCAUGAAGCCCCCCAGCAUCAUCCUGCUGACCCCCAACGGGAGGUUCGAGGUGGGGAAGAAGAUCUGCCUGAGCAUCUCCGGCCACCACCCAGAGACCUGGCAGCCGUCCUGGAGCAUCCGGACGGCCCUCAUCGCCAUCAUCGGCUUCAUGCCCACCAAGGGGGAGGGCGCCAUCGGGUCCCUGGACUACACCCCAGAGGAGCGUCGCAGCCUGGCCAAAAAGUCUCAGGACUUCCGCUGCGAGGCGUGUGAGUGCUCCAUGCGCACGGCGCUGCUGCCCCCCUCCCCCGACAGAGACCCCCGCCCAGAGGACAGCGAGGCCCAGGAGCUGGCCCAGCAGAUCAGCUUCAAGGCUGACUCCAGACAGGCCAGUGAGAGUGGAGGGGCCACCAGCGACCCCCCCGCCCCCGGCCCAGCAGAGGGCUCCUCCCCCGGGGAGCGGGACAGCUCUGAGGACCCCCUGGAGGACCACGAGGACCAGGUGGAGGGCUCCUCCCCCUCUCCCCCCCCCCCUGCGGGCCGGCCCCUCAGCCCCCGUCAGCGCCGCGCCCACCAGGCCCGCCAGCGGAGGGAGCCCCCGCCCACCCCCCACCCCGAGGCGGCCCGCCGGACCCUGGCGGGGGCGGGGCCUGAGGGGCGGGGCCAGGCGGGCACGGCGGUCCUCAUUCUGGUCCUCACGCUGGCGCUCGCCGCCCUCAUCUUCCGCCGCCUCUACCAGCAGGAGUACAAGCUGGACUACCAGCUGUGA